AUGUCUGUUCCAAGCCAACACCGUUCUAUUAUUAUUAACCCUCCUCCACCAGAAUAUAUAAAUAACAAAAACAGCGGUUGUCAAACAAACCAACUUCAGUACUUACAGAGGGUAGUCAUGAAAGCCAUGUGGAGACACAACUUUUCCUGGCCGUUUCAUCAGCCCGUAGAUGCAGCAGCACUGAAUCUUCCUGAUUAUUACAGUAUUAUAAAGAAACCUAUGGACUUGAGCACCAUUAAAAAGCGUCUGGAACACAAUUACUACACAAAAGCUGUGGAAUGCAUUGAAGACUUUAAAACGAUGUUCCUAAACUGCUACCUAUAUAACAAGCCUGGUGAUGACAUUGUGUUUAUGGCCCAAGAACUAGAAAAAGUGUUUAUGCAGAAAAUAGCCCAAAUGCCACCAGAAGAAAGACUAGUGAUUCUCAACAAAGGAAAGAGAAAAGGAAAGAAGCCAGAAGAAACACAGCAGCCCAACCCUGGGACUUCAAAUGAACAAAGCACAAUGCAGAAACAAGCUGAAAGCAGUGAGCAGCCUCCAGUGAUGACUCAAGAGCUACAUCAGGUUACACUAGCUCCUUUGUCUGCAGCUCAGCUGACUGCUUUAAUGCCAACUGCAGUCCCUAUAACAAAGGCAAAAAAAGGUGUGAAAAGGAAGGCUGACACUACAACUCCUACUACUUCAAUAUUCACAGCAAGCGGUGAAUCUUCUGCAACAUUUAAUGAAAGAAAAGCUGUUAAAGCACGCAGAGGUGAAAAUGAAUGUAUGAUACCAAAUAAGCUUCUGAAGAGAUACUUGCCAGAUUCUCAACAGCCACCUGAAAUUCUUAAAAAGAUUCAGUUGUCAGAACAACUAAAACAUUGUAAUGAAAUAAUUAAAGAAAUGUUUUCAAAGAAACAUGCAGCUUAUGCGUGGCCUUUCUUAAAACCUGUAGAUGUUGCAUCUUUCUCGCUUGGUGAGAACCAAGGGACCACCAAAUGUCCUACAGACCUGGGAACCAUUAAAAAGAAAAUGGAUAAUUUUGAAUAUAGAGAUAUACAAGAAUUUGCUACGGAUGUUAGAUUAAUGUUCAUGAGCUGCUACAAACGUAAUUCUCCAGACCAUGAAAUAGUUGCUAUGGCGAGAAAACUUCAGGAUGUUUUUGAGAUGCACUUUGCCAAAAUUCCUGAUGAACCUGUUGCAAGUAUUCCUCUGCCACAGCCCACAAGAGACAUGACAGAAGCUUAUUCCAGUGAGAGCAGUGAUGAUGACUCUUCAGAAGAAAAAUCAUCUGAAGACUCUGAACAGGAGAGAACAGUGCACCUUGCAAAGCUUCAGGAGCAACUUAAAGCUGUUCACCAGCAGUUGCGGGCUUUGACCAGAGCAUACUUACCUAGACUGAAAAAGAAAAAAGGGAAGGCUAAAAGGGAGAAAAGUAACAACACGGAAAAAGCCAAAAUAAAAAGCCUGAUUCAAAAGAAGAAAAAUCUAAAACACAAGAAGAAAUCUAAGAAGAAGCUGUCUUUAAACUUUCAAUCAAAGAAAACCAUGCAGCAGGUCUUGUUGACACAUAAGUCAGAAGAUGAAGAUGGUGCCAAGCCUAUGAAUUAUGAUGAAAAAAGACAGUUGAGUUUGGACAUAAAUAAACUCCCUGGAGAUAAGCUUGGGAAAGUAGUCCAUAUAAUACAGUCAAGAGAACCUUCACUGAGGAACUCUAACCCUGAUGAGAUAGAAAUAGACUUUGAAACUUUAAAGGCUUCAACGCUCAGAGAACUAGAGAAAUAUGUGGCAACCUGUUUGAAGAAGAGACCAAGAAAGGAACGGGCUAAAAAAACAACAAAGUCAAAAGAACAACUGAGUUCUGAGAGGAAACAAGAGCUAGAGAAGAGACUACUGGAUGUCAAUGGUCAACUAAACCCGAAGAAGGAGAACCUCAAGUUUGAAAACAAUGCUGAGUCCAGUAUUGGACCAAGCAGGCUGAGCGACAGCAGCAACAGCAGCAGCUCCUCGGACUCUGGAAGCAGUACUAGCAGUGGUUCUAGCUCCUCAGAUAGCAGUGACUCUGAAUCGGGUAUAAUCUCAGCUGUAUCUGCUCUGCAUGAUGCUCCAGACCAGCAAACUCCUCAGAGUAUUCCAAGGACAAAUCAGUCUUCUGUAUCCAACACAACUUCCCAGGUUGACAGUGCUGAUUGGAGUAAACAAGCUGAGAAAACAAUACAUCUAGACAAAUCAAAUAAACUUCAAAACAAGGCCAGUGAGAGAACUGCUGAUUCAAUAUCCAUAAGUCAAGAACAAAGUCGUUCUACACCUAACGAUAAACCUAAUGGUAAAAACAUGCCAGAGCCAAAAUCCAAAAUUCUUCCAAUAAAGGAUACAGGAUUUAAGAAUAUAGAUUCCUGGGUAAGCUUAUGUAAAACGAUGAUGCUUCCAGCUCCAAUAAAAACAUCUGCUGAGAGCUUCAAACAGUUCAGGAAAGCAGCAUUAAAGAAGAGGAGUGGGCAAGCGCAGGAGUUAAAAAGGGGCCAUGAAGGCACAGCAUCGGAUGCCAUUGCAGUGACAGACUGUGAGCCCCAAAACCAGCAGAAGAGCAAACAACUGCCCAAAGUUCAACAACAUACUCUUGUUCAAGACCGUAACUUGGCUAGAAAAAUGGAACAAGAACGCAGGAGGAGAGAAGCAAUGGCUUGUACAAUUGAUAUGAAUCUGCAGAGUGAUAUUAUGGCAUCUUUUGAAGAAUAUCUUGAGUGA